ACUCCAAACUAGUGAUCCCACAAAACCAACCAUGAACGGUGACUCCCAACAACACCUCCACAUCGGAGUUCUCGCAUUCCCCUUCGGCACCCACGCCGCCCCUCUCCUCACCCUCGUCCGCCGCCUCGCCGCGGCCGAACCAACCCUAAAGUUCUCAUUUUUAAGUACAGCCAAAUCCAAUCGUCAGACAUUUUCGGGGGCCAAAGCGAACCAAUUCGAUAACAUAAAAGCCUACGAUGUGUGGGAUGGGGUGGCGGAGGGAGAUGAAUUUGGAGGGAAUGUACACGUGGCAGCUGGGUUGUUCAUGAAGGCGACGCCGGAGAACUUCAAGAGGGGAAUGGAGGCGGCGGCGGCGGGGAGCGGCGUGAAGAUCAGUUGCUUAUUGACGGAUGCGUUCUUGUGGUUCGCCGGAGAUUUGGCGGCGGAGAUGGAGGUGCCUUGGGUGCCUUAUUGGACUGCUGGGUCUUGCUCUCUUUCUAUUCAUUUUUACACUGAUCUCAUUCGGACCACACUCGGAAAUGCCAAUACUGGUAUAUUGGAAAAUAUAGACAAAACUCUCAAGUUCAUCCCAGGAUUGUCGGCGGUCUCUGUGGACGACUUACCAGAUGGAAUCAUCCUCGGAAACCUAGAAUCACCAAUUGCUCAAAUGCUUCAUAACAUGGGACUAAAGCUGCCAAAGGCUGCAGCAGUGGUGCUGAACUCCUUCGAAGAGCUAGAGCCCGCCACCGCGAAAGAUCUGAAGUCGAAGUUGCAAAAAGUGCUCCACGUGGGCCCCUCAAUCCUAUCAUCACCAGCCUCAUCAGACUCUGAUGAGACUGGCUGCCUGGUGUGGUUAGACAACCAAAAACCUGCUUCUGUCGCAUAUAUUAGCUUUGGCACCAUAACCACCCCACCGCCUAACGAGGUUCUAGCAUUGGCAGAAACAUUAGUUUCUAGUAAAGUUCCGUUCCUUUGGUCACUCAGGGACCACUCGAGACACCUAUUUCCAAAAGGGUUUGUCGAAAACACGGUGGCAUUUGGGAAAGCGGUUUCCUGGGCUCCACAAUUGCAAGUUUUGGCACAUCUAUCGGUUGGUGUGUUUGUGACACAUUGUGGGUGGAACUCUAUCUUGGAGAGUAUCACUGGGGGCGUGCCAAUGAUUUGUAGGCCGUUCUUUGGAGAUCAAACAUUGAAUAGUAGUAUGGUACAGGAUGCGUGGCGAAUUGGGGUUAGGGUUGAGGGUGGAGUGUUUACAAAAAGUGGAACGACGAGUUCUUUGGAACUUGUUUUGUCCCAAGAGGAAGGGAAGAAAAUGAGGGAGAACAUCAAAGUACUCAAACAAAAUGCCAUAGAGGCUGUUGGACCAAAUGGAAGCUCAAGUGAAAAUUUUGAAGACUUGUUGGAGGUAAUCAAAGCUUGUAAGCACCCUUAAUUUUACUCUUUUUAAGAGACUUGUUCUUUUAUUGCCUCAAAUAAGCAAAACAAUGGUGGUUGCGAUGUUUAUUUAGUUUUCAUUGUGUUUUUUUUCCUAUCCCUCUUGGAUGUGAGAGGUUUCUUUUUGGUUUUUUGGGUGCUUAUCCUCUUGGGUUCCAGGGAGUUUUUUUUUUUGUCUUUUUGGCAAGGCUGUGUGGCUCCCAUACAAGAGGUGUUGUUCUUAUAUGUAUUUUUAUUUUUAUUUUUAUUUUUAAAUGCUUUGCAUACACAAAAGUAAAUAUAAAUAAAUGAAGAACAAGAUUUUUUUUU